AUGGCUGCUGCUCGCGAAGAAGCCCGCACCCCAAUGGAUGUCGACACCAAUGGCGUCAAUGGCAAGACAGAACGGAGCCCUACGCCCCCGCCCCACCGUUCGAACGGCAACACUGCCGAAGCCGACAACUUCAAGCUGGCCGGUAACAAAUUCUUCAAGGAUGGCAACUACACACGCGCUAUUGAGGAGUUCAACAAGGCCCUCGAGAUCAGCCCCGACUCGUCCGUCUACCUGUCCAACCGCGCGGCCGCCUACAUGGCCGCGAACCAGUACCUAGCCGCUCUGGAGGACUGUGAGCGCGCCCGCGAACUCGACCCCACCAACACCAAGCUCAUGUACCGUCACGCCCGCAUUCUCGUCAGCCUGGGUCGUCCGACCGAGGCCCUCGAUGUGCUCGCCCGCGUCGAGCCCCCGGCUUCUGCCACUGACAAGGCCCCCGCCGAAAAGAUGCUCCGGUUUGUGAAGCAAGCCGAGGAGGCUUUGGCGGAGGACCGUGGUGUGUCGAUGGUGCUGUUCUGCCUGGACCAGGCGCGUCAGAUGCUGGGUCAGGGGGUCAAGGAGCCUCGCAAGUGGACGCUGAUGACGGCCGAGGCGCACUUGCGCAUGGGUAACGACAACUCCUUCGGCAAGGCCCAGGAUAUCGCCAUCGGCAUGCUGCGCGAGAACAGCCAGGAUCCCGAUGCUAUGCUGAUCCGCGCCCGCGCGUUCUAUGGCAUGGGGGACACCGAUCAGGCGUUGAAGCUGCUCAAGAUGUGUCUGGGUCUGGAUCCCGACAUGAAGGCGGCCAUCAAGAUGCUGCGCAACGUGCAGAAGUUGACGCGCACCAAGGAAGAGGGUAACACUGCCUUCAAGGCCAAGGACUACCGCAAGGCCAUCGAGUUGUGGACCGAGGCUGUCCAGGUCGACCCCAAGAACAAGGACCAGAACGCCAAGAUCCUGCAGAACCGCGCCCAGGCCUACAUCAACCUGAAGGAAUACGAUAAUGCGGUCAGUGACUGCACGGAGGCUCUGAAGUUGGAUCCCAGCUACCUCAAGGCACAGAAGAUUCGUGCCAAGGCUCAUGGCGGUGCUGGCAACUGGGAGGAAGCGGUGCGCGACUACAAGGCUGUGGCGGAGACGAACCCGAUGGAGAAGGGCAUCCAAGAGGAGAUCCGCCGGGCUGAGUUCGAGCUGAAGAAGGCACAGCGCAAGGACUACUACAAGAUCCUUGGGGUUUCCAAGGAUGCCUCCGAGCAGGAGAUUAAGAAGGCUUACCGCAAGAUGGCCAUUCAAUACCACCCCGACAAGAACCGUGAUGAUCCUUCUGGCGAGGAGAAGUUCAAGGAGAUUGGUGAGGCUUAUGAGACUCUGAUUGAUCCUCACGUCGACGGAGGAGCUGGAGGUUGUUGUUGUGGUGGUGGCGGUGCCGUAGGGCCGGCGGACGCGAUCGUAGGGGCGGAAGGAGUGGGCGUCGUCGUCGGCGGUUGCGGAGGAUGUGGUGGUGGUGGUGGUGGUGGCGGCGGCGGCGGCGGCGGCGGUGGCGGUGACGAUUGCGGUGGUGGUCCUCCUGCUUGCUGUUGUUGGUAUUGA